AUGGAGGCGGGAAGUCACCCCUUGGGCAGCAGAGCAGCUCCUGGGCUCCUCGAGUCCCCCCAGCACGGGGAGCGGGAGGGAGAGUGGCUGGAGGGAGCCCGCCAGGAAGGGGCCUCAGCCCAGGGCACGCGCGGGGGCCUCUGGAGGCGGCACGCACUCCGCAGGGUCGGACCCGGGGAGGCCCCUGAAAGUGCAGAAACAGGAGGGCAGGCCUCCUGGCCGUGGAGGCCACCAAGGCUGGGCACAGGCGCGGCUGCCGUGUGCGGGCGGCCAAGAGGCAUCCUGCUCGGUCCAGGGUCUGUGCGUGCAAAACCUCGCCCUGCGGCGCUAAGGGCACCUGCUACACUCGGCACUACAGGAGCACUGUUUGAGAAGCGCAAGGUUCAAAGCCAGAAGGACAGCUCGUCUGAGGCCUGGCGGGAGGAGGGCCCCGCCACGGAGGCCGGAGCUGCGACCACGGGCAGCCCUCCACCAGGGACUGGGAGUCGUGGGAGGAGGACUGAGAUUUCCAAGGAGUUAAACCCAGAAUCAAGACUGUUCUAA